AUGCCACCAGCAAAGAAGCAGAUUUGCAGCCCAGCAGAUGCCACAUUUUUCUGGACACAAGCUCGGCGCAGAAGUCGGCUCCAAAUUCGAUGUCAGUGUGCUCAUUUUACUGCAAAUGACACGGCCGUCUUUCACAAAAUGGAUUGGUUCUAUCAGCGGUGUUACAAAGAUUCGAGAUCUCAGACUUUGUCUCGGUCGGGAAUUAUGGUCAUAUGUGGGACACUGCUCCUAGCCCUGUCUCUCUACCCAGUGCUGAGGGCUUUGGGAGCUCAGAUCCACUCUGCUUUGACUGGAAGUUAUGUAGCUGGACACCACUCUAUACUGCUCAUCAACUGUCCCACUGAGCAGGCUGCUAAAGACAUCGGCAGAGGUAUUAUGGAGAAAAGGAUGGCUGCCUGUGUUAACAUUCUUCCACGUACUGUCACUAUGUAUUUCUGGAAGGGCGAGAUACAGGAUGCCUCAGAGAUACUGCUGUUGGUCAGAACUAGAAGUUCUCUUAUCCAACGGCUCAUGGAUUAUGUCAAAUCUGUCCAUCCAUAUGAAAUUCCUGAGGUGCUCAGUUUCCCAGUUGAAGAUGGAAGUCUUUCCUACAUGAAAUGGAUGGAUGAUGCAGUCCCUGAAAACUGA